AUGCUUCGCCUCAAACAAGAUUUACCAACGUCGAUUGUUUUACAAAAACAAAGUUUCUUACCGUUAAAACGAGUAAAUAUUGAAGGAACAGUUCCUUCAUUUGCUGCCGCUGUAACUAUAGCACAAGUAUUUCGUAAUGAUGAAAAUCAAUCAACAGAAUCCGUCUAUUGUUUUUCAACUGAAGAACAAGCAGCUAUCGAUUUAUUUAUAGCUCGUAUUGAUGAUUGUGAAACAAUCGUUCAAUUAAAAGAAAAAUAA